GGGAGGACUGAGAGUUAUGAGGACUGAGUGCAGGAUGGAGAGAAGUUCAUUUAGACUUUGAGCUGAUCAUUUCUCACCUUAUUUACUCUCAGUAUAACAGCCUGCUGGAAUUUGGCGCCUGGACGCAACUUUUAUUUACCUGUGCCUUUUUUCCCCUUUGAUUGAUUUGUAUGUGAAUGUCUGAGUGACAGCGGAACAGGUUGGACUGUGAUAUGGCUGAAGUACAGCCGGUCGACAUAGACCCGGAGUUUGAGCCUCUUUCCCGCCCGCGGUCGUGCACCUGGCCGCUGCCCCGCCCGGAGCUCACUGACCCGGCCAGCUCCAACACAUCCUCUCCGGCCCCGUCGGUGCAGCAGGAGCCGGGAGGAAACCCCGAGUUCAUCAGCAACCUGGGCUUGCUGGAGGAGGACUAUGAAGAGUACACGGAGCAGACACCUCCCGUGUCCUGCGGUGACUUUCUGUGCAGGGAGGGAAACUGUUUGCAUCUUCAUCACCACCACCAUAACCAGCAUCUUCAUCACCCUCAGCAGCAGCUCCCGGGGACGCAGCUGCCGCCUCAGCAACAGGUGCCCCCUCCUGGUGUCGUACCCUUGGGUGGCCCCGGCCAGAGGAAGAGCAGCUCGUCCCGUCGGAACGCCUGGGGAAACAUGUCGUACGCUGACCUGAUCACCAAGGCGAUAGACAGCUCACCUGAGAAGAGGCUGACGCUGUCGCAGAUUUACGACUGGAUGGUGAAGAGUGUGCCUUACUUCAAGGAUAAAGGAGACAGCAACAGCUCCGCGGGCUGGAAGAACUCCAUCAGACACAACCUGUCCCUGCACAGCCGCUUUGUGCGCAUACAGAAUGAAGGGACGGGGAAAAGCUCCUGGUGGAUGCUGAACCCAGAAGGGGGAAAGAAUGGAAAGUCACCUCGACGCAGAGCCGCCUCCAUGGACAACAACAGUAAGCUGGCUAAGAGUAGAGGAAGGGCCACAAAGAAAAAGAUGUCGCUGCAAGAAGGGGUCGAUGGAGGAGCAGGCAGUCCUAGUUCCCAGUACUCUAACUGGAUGGGAAGCCCAAACUCCCACAGCAAUGAGGACUUUGAAGCCUGGAGCUCCUUCAGGACCCGCACCAGCUCUGAUGCCAGCACCCUGAGUGGUCACCAUUCACCUUUUCCUCCUGAACAGGAUGACUUGGGGGAGUCUGACGGUCACAUGAUGUAUCCUGGAGCGGCAGGGACCAAGAUAACCUCCCCCCUGCCAAGCCUGUCAGAGGUGACUGGACCUCAACAUGGCCAGGAGGUGGUAAUGGAGAGUCUGCUGGAUAACCUUAACGUGCUGUUUCCUAAAUCCGCCCAGCUGGGUCCUGACUCCUCACAUUCCUCUAACGCGGCCAUGCAUCAGAGCGGCCCCUACAGCUCACACCCACAGCAGGACUACCAUAAAUGUGUGUACAGCCAGGUGAGGAUGAACUCCCUGUCCCCUGCUACAAUGCAGACUGUUCCAGAGACUAAACCAGGCUUUGGGGCUUACGAGAACCAGUAUAUCUGCCCCGCUGGCCUCCUCAAAGAGCUGUUGACCGCUGAUGCUGACACCAGCAGGGACAUGAUGCCCUCUAGUGAUGCUCAGGUGGCUCAGGUUGGGAGGGCAGUCGGGUUGAUGCCCACUUACGGCAGCCAGAGCCACAUGAGGGGCUGUAACGGGGUUAAACUGUUGAAUUCUCUACAGAGUCACCCAGUUCCUCGUGUGAAUCCACAAGUUAUACAUAGCCAGGGUCCUUCAACCUCACGAGACUUGAAUAGCUGUAACAUGAUCCCCCUGACCAGUCGGACGAGUCUCUCAGGGGCCCCUCCUCAAGUGAACAGCCUGAGGACAUGCAUGCUGCCGCCCCGAGGACGCCCAGUUCACCCUACUGAUGUUUCAGCGAGCUCGAGCCGCAACAAUGGCUUCAGGGGAGUAAACUCAGCUCACCAUCACAGCCAUCAGGAGAGGCUGCCCAGUGACCUGGACAACAUGUCCAUCGAGAGGUUUGAGUGUGACAUGGAGACCGUCCUACAUGACACCCUCAUGGAUGGUGGGGCACUUGACUUUAACUUUGACCCUGCAGCUGGGCCUCAUGGGUUUCCCCAGAGGGUGAAGACCUCUACCCACAGCUGGGUGUCAGGGUAGGAUAGAUGGUGGAUGAGAAACAGGUUUGUCUCAGCAUCAACUUCACUCAGAGACUGGACGUUGAAAUCCACAGAGGCAUCACCAUCUCUCUACAGAGCAACUGGUUAAUUUGCAAACUAGCCAUGUUUAAACUAAAAUAUAUAUAUUUGCUUAGUUUGACUAAUUUAUCAUGAAUUAUUCAAAUAGAAAAAGCAGUUAAAAACAAUACAGACUGAGAUUGCCUUUGGGACAUCAUUAGGUUAGACUUUAAGUCUGAACUGCUCUGUUUACAUGGGAAAGUGUCUGAAGAAUAAUCAUCAUACCAAUCAGUGCAAUGACUGUUUUGUCUAAUCUGUGACAGGAAUUUCAGCUUCAAAAUAAGGGUCAAAAUCAGGACAACAAGAAAUGUUUGCAUGUGUGUUAACCAGGCAUGAUCAGUGGGUUUACCUACAAGAUAAAGCAGUGCAUCAUCUGCAUAGUGACACAUCUUCUCCUUGAUUAAGUAGUAAAUACAAAUCCUCCAGGGAAAAUGGACAAUCUCAACAGCUAUAGACCUUAAUACAUGAUAGCAGGACAUGUUAUGACAACUUUAAGAAUUUUAAUUCAGCUUUAUAUCGCCACUGUAAGAUCUGAUAUCAGAAAUUUUGAGACAAACUUCACCUCUGAGAUGACUAAAUCAAACAUUUAUUUACUGUAUGAAGGUAUUUAUUAACCUUUUCUUUUUGAAUUGACUGUUAGAUCCACACCUUUGUUUUCUUAUAAAAUGUUUGCUUAUGAUGUGUACAUAUUAUAGACUGAAUUGUAAAUAAUUUCACAUUUCAAAUGUGCCAUAUAAAACAGCUGACUCAAACACAGACAUUGUGUGUUUCUAUGCUGUAACAGUUCAGAAAAUACAGCUGUACAGCACAAAAAAUAUGCCCUUCAAUGUCACUGGGUCUUUUUUGGACUAAAUGUCACCUAUAAAAGACUCCCAACUCUAGUCUAGGAUUACUUCUUUACACCAGGCAGGUCUAAGGCUAAGAGAAUGUUUUAAAACAACGCUGAAUAAACUGAAAGAAAACAUCAUGAUCAUGUUCAGAUUUAAGGGAACUUUUUGAGUUUCUCACCAGACUUAAGCUGUGUGAAACAAUAGGAUUAGCUGUAGUUGUAGAGGCUGUUGUUUUAACUAUAAAUGGACUCAGAAAUGAGAUGACAGCCUUUAAAAUUUAGUGUAAACAGCUCAUAUUUUAAAGUAUUUACUUGCUGGCAUACAUAGUUGUUAUGCACCAAAGAAAUUCACUGCGCCUCAUCAUAUCACCCUGAUAUUGUACAUACUUCAUUUUUUUGUUGUACAUUUCAUAUAUGAAGGUUUUUUUAAUCUGAUUUGUUAGGUAAAAGUGUAUAAUUAUACGUGUAAAGUUUGUUUACAAGACUCAGUCCGAACUAAAACAUGAAAUAUUUGAACACUCAUACCUCAAAGUACUUUACCUCUCAUAUAGUGAAGGGAUUUUUUUUUUUUUGCCAUUUUCCUUAGUAAGUAAUUCUUACGUCUUUCUUCAUCUAUUACAUAUUAACUUUUGUAAAUAUUUUGUUUUAUAUUUUGUAUUUGAGAAGUACUGUUUGGACUUUCAAGUGUCUGCCUUUGAAUUUUUAAUGUGUUUUCUGUGUGUUCAAGGAUUAUAGCCAAGUUAUUAUAGAUUAUAGUUCAUCCAAAAAGCCAUUUGUGACAGCACUGAAAAAAUGUCAAAUAGUGUGAUUUAUAUUAUCAAUUUCAAAGGAGUUUUUAAAAAAACUGCCAUACAGCUAAAUCUCAAGGGAAUGAAGUAGGCCCUAGUUGACUUGUGUUAGUGAAUUAGUCGUGUCAAAUUAUUGAUGUAUAAUUGAAAUAAAAAUGUGAUGGGAGCAUUUUACAGUGAGUCAGGAAGCUACCCAAACAAAAUAUCUGUUACAUUUCAUUGUAAAAUAAAGUGUUUUAAAGUCGCUUUUUUAUGUGUUUUGGAGAUUUCAUUAGUGACACAAUACAGAAAUGUUUUCAGGAAAAUGUAAUGCAGCCUUGUUUUGUCAUGAAUAAACACCCUGUGUGUUUUUGAAGAAAUGCCGUUUUUUGUAUAACGAAAUCAACGCAUAAAUCCCCAUGUCAACAUGCAAUUAAA